UUCAAUUUUCACGCGGAAAUUCUAGGAGACGGAAUCGCCAUGGCUCCUCGUUGCGACGGAUUGUCAGACGCCGCCAUGAAAGAUCUUAUGGCUCAGGCGGAGAAGCUUCCCAUCUCCACCGUCGUCUUCGUCGUUGCUCUGCAAGCGGAAGCUUUGCCUCUGGUCGACAAAUUAGAGCUAAUACAAGACGAUAAACCGCCAUUUCCGAUAGGAAUGCCUUGGAUUCGGUUCUAUGGAACGUACAGAGACUUGUUCAUCAAUGUAGUUUGUCCAGGAAAGGAUUCAACUCUUGGAGUCGAUAAUGUGGGCACGAUUCCUGCAUCUCUAGUGACGUGUGCUUCCAUUCAAGGAAUACGGCCAGAUCUAAUCAUAAAUGCAGGAACUGCUGGUGGGUUUAAGGCAAAAGGAGCGAGUGUAGGUGAUGUGUUUAUUGCCUCUAGUGUCGCUUUCCAUGACAGAAGAAUACCUGUCCCUGUGUUUGAUCUAUAUGGGGUUGGUACACGGAAGGCCUUCACUACACCCAACCUCGUAAAGGAGCUCAGCUUAAAGGUAGGCAAUCUGUCUACUGGUGAUUCUAUGGAUAUGUCUCCACAAGACGAAGAACUCAUCAUUGCAAAUGAUGCCACAGUUAAAGACAUGGAGGGAGCGGCAGUGGCCCAUGUGGCCGAUCUUUUCAAGGUGCCCACGAUCUUUAUAAAAGCGGUAACGGAUAUCGUGGAUGGCGAGAAACCGACAUCGGAGGAGUACUUGCAGAAUUUGCCUGCGGUUACGGCUAAACUCACGCAAUCAGUCAGCCAAGUGCUUGAUUUCAUCAGCGGGAAAUGCCUCUCAGACCUCUAACUCUUUUCGUUUUCGUAAAUUCAACCUCUAGCAGGUUAUGGAAUUAAACCAUUCGUAAGAUUCAGAUAUUAUGUGCAUAAUCAUUCAAGCAAAAGGGUAAGAGGGUAAAGCAUAAGCAGAGGCACUGACUAGGUUGUUUGCUUAUGUUACAAACCAUUGUUUGUCAUUUUCUCCACAAAAAAAGUUCUAAACUUGUGGACGUAAAAACAAGUGUUAAUUGUUUUUAAGCUUAUGGGAAUAAAAACGGAUUGUUA